AUGUCGGCGGCCUGGGCUCCCGGAUGGGACCGGGCCCGUGGUGUGGUGCCGCCCAUCAAUCAACAACGCCGCCGUCCGACCGUCAACCGUACGCUAUCAACGUCGGCGCAGUUGGUGGUAGUGGUGGCGGUACUCGGGGCGGCCAUCGUCCUGCUAUCAACCGGAGUGGAUGGUAAUGCAAUCCCUGGCGAAGGAACCGGCGAGGACGACUAUGUAGGUGCGAUCCAGGAACUCAUCGCUCGGUGCGUUAACAGGUGCCCAGAUCAGAACCAAACGAGCUUCACGGAGCAUGUCGACGCCAGCUGUGGAAGCGAUUGUUACAUCAAACAGUGUACGGUGGGUUGCCGGCAGUGGGAGCUUGCACUGGAAUCGAGCUGCCAGCAAGCGUGUAACGUGAGUGACCAGGAGCUGCUGGAGGCGCGCGAAUGGUCCUGCAUCGCCGGCUGCAACGAUGGGCUGGGCAGGUACUUCCGGUGGUUAAAGGCAGAGAUAGGGACGCCCCAUGCGCCAGCCCUUGUUGCUGACAGUCUCACCGCGACGGCAUUAGCCCUGGAAUGGGAGGUCCCGGAACGGCUGGCCCGGCUGGCACGGUACAGGAACCGGGGACCAAGGAGUUAUCUGGUACAGUGGCGCUACGAGGAAGUCGCGGGCGAUUGGAAGUACUGCAGGAAUCAGAGUAUGGGUGACAGCUCGACGGUGCGUGUCGACAACCUGCAGCCGUACACCAAGUACCGGUUUCGUGUGGCACUGCUGCUGUCACCUCAUCACGACCAGGUCCUGACGUCUGAGCAGAGUGUCAUCAUCAGCACGCUUCCGUCAGGCGUACCGACGUCGGAACCAACCAUUGUGCGGGCGGUUGCUGUUGAUCACUCGCGGAUAUCCAUCUCCUGGGAGCCGGGUCCGUUUCCGAACGGUCCUGUCCUGUCGUACGUGCUCCAGAUCAAAGAUCUCCAUCCGACUGGCUACACCGCGCUCAAGGAGAUCCCGGAAACGAGCACCUCUCGGCAUUACAUGUUCGAGAAGCUCGAACCGGGCCACAACUACUCGGUGUCGGUGGCGAUGAGUAACCCUGCUGGUGAAGGUCCAGCUUCGGUUUCCCUAGUCGCCACUCCACCUAAACCAACUGGCCAUGAGGAGGUUCUUCUGCCAACACUCAUCCUUGGAGCUGAGCGGUCGGUGUUGACGCAGAGCUCUAACUUAUUCUCAGACCCACCCACAAGCGUGUACGCAAGUCCGGACCAUAAGAUCCGAGGUACUGCCACACACAUCCGGCGUGGACUACUGUUCGUUUCAGACGACGCUGGCUACCUGUACAAAGCGCCAUCGAGACCUGGAGCUGAGAGCUCCCGCGUACCCAUCCUUGGGCCGAAUGCAGCCAACAACUUCCGUCCGACGUUGUUGUCGGUGGAUUGGUUGAAUGAGCAUGUGUACGUACUGGGACAGGCACGUCUCACUCAACUCUGGCAAAUCGCUUACUGCGACUUCACAGGUGGCCACCUGACAGUAGCAAUCGCAGGUCUACCACGCCGACCUGACCACUUCGCGGUUGAUCCGUACAAUGGCUUUCUGUUCUGGGUGGUAGGAGGUGUUCGACCUGAUGCUGGGCUCUUCCGGCUAGAUCUUGGGGACAUCUCGAACGGUGUUCGACAUGAAAUUAGACCCCAGCAAAUGGUGCGAGGACGCAAUCUGGGUGCGUUUGCGCUUGAUUACGCCAACUUCCGCGUGCUAGUCGCCGAUCAAGGCAACAACACUGUGCUAGCGGUGUCACUGGACGGGGAACGGCUUGAGGACAUCCGGAACAACACGCAACGACCACGAUUUGAGCGUGUUAAAUCACUAGCCCGUGCUAACGGACUGUUCUACUGGACGAACGGGACUGAGGUGUUCGCAGAGGACUACCACCGGCUACAUAACAGCUACUACCACAACGCGUUCCCGAUCGCGGCCAACAACACGUACUUCAGCAUCAGCGUCAACCAGACAGCGGAACAACCAAUCCCCAUUCCUGUAAACCCUCCACGCAACCUACAGGCGUUAGCUGCACCUGACAAACUCCUCGUGUCCUGGGACGUGCCAUAUCUCCUAGGAGUUCAGGGCCGAGGUGCGUGGCAAUCCUGGAGCUAUCAGGUUGAGGUGGGUGAUGAACGGUUUGCGACCAUUCUGCACACCGCCACCGUCAACGGCACGAGCUACUCCUGUGACGUCGCUGGACGACUUGAACCGAACCGCGUGUACACUGUUCGAGCCGCCGCGUUCACUUCCGCUGGUCAGGGCCCGUGGAGUCGUGAGUUCCGUGUGCGAACUCUCCGUACUGAUCGCCAGCGCCAUCUAGUGUGGGCUAGCUCGGAUGGUAUCCUGCGUAGUGACGUCAUCGGUGAGCAUGUCGACACGCUGAUAGCACGUUCACCCGAGCUGGACGGUGCAGCUGUUACCGGGUUAGCCUGGCAUGCUCGAACGCUAUACGUGGUGAGCAAUUCUACGCUGCGAUUAUAUCGCGAACCAAGCGCCCCUGGUGGUGAGUGGGCGAAAGUACGUGAGCUGGAAUCGGUCGAGUGUGUCGCGAUCGAUUGGAUCGGUGAGCGACUGUACUACUCUAAUCCAGCCCAGCAGUUGAUCGUACGAGCAGGUCUACUCGGUGAGCAGCCGGAACCGAUCCACAGUGUGAUGAAUGUGCGUGAGAUCCGUUUCGAUGCGUACCGUGGGUAUAUCUACUGCUCGUCUGGGCUCAUUCUAGAGGCGUUCCGGCUGAAUGGUAAAGGUCGAGUGCAGUACUUCAGCGAGAAGCUGUUUACCGGCAAACAGAUCAUAGGUAUGACGCUCGAUCAUGACACGGAGCGAUUGUACUGGAUCGUGCGCAGUUACUCGCACUCACAUCUCUAUUGGGCACCUCUCGCGGGGUCUUCUGGUGCAGCUGCAUCAGCUGCCGGUCCGCCUUCUCCUCCACCCUCACUACCUCUCACCGAUCAGACGCCGCAAGGACCUCUACUGCACUUCAGCGAUCGUUUGCUGUGGCUGCGCGAGGGUCAAGCCGUUGUUGGGGACGUGCGAGGCGAGAACCUGGCGUAUAUCCGUGCUCAGCAGUUGAACGGGACGCGUGCGUUCGCCCUCAUCGAACCAGGACGUGUUGUACCACCGACGGUCAAUGUACUGCCAGCGAAUGUCGUCGCUAGUUCGAUCCGUGUCACAGGGGACUGGAGACGUUUCAACGUCAGCUGGGCACCGGUAGAGAACGUCAACUAUAGCACUGUGUUUUACAAGCUCACACUCAAGCUACCGAAUGCGCGAGAUCUCGUGCAGGAGUUGACAGUGCCACACUUUGUGUAUGGCGAUGAAGACCUCAACACCGAUCCCGCUGAUACACACAGUGCGGAACGGGAACCGAUCCCACCAUAUACCCCGAUUGACAUCACGUUGCACGCGUUCACCUACUGGAGAUCGUCAGGGUUUACGAGUGUACAAAGGCAUACACCUGCUGGUACCCCUACUUCUCCGAUAGCACCACGUGUCUACAUUCAGCACCGAUAUCGACCAGGGACGCAUGAGCUAGCUGCAGGUAUCGUGUUCCGUUGGUCACCUCCUGAAGAGCCUAAUGGACCGAUCGUAGCGUACCGUGUUGACUGUUGGGCGAGUCAUGAUGACACCCAAGGACGUGUGUUACUCGAUGGAGCUGAGGUACGCACAGAUCGGACUGAGCUGAUCGUGGCAGAGCCAGUCUUACCGAACGCGACGUACUACCUGCAAGUGCGAGUCCGCAACGUCGAUCACGAGAGCCGUCCGAGUGAGGUUCGUUCGGUGGGACUUCGAGAUGGACGUCCUCUACCAUUACUGUACGUGGCUACUUCCGAACAGAUCCUGCUACUCGAUCUUGAUCUGCGUGAUAAUCCGACACAGAUCGUUGCCACUGCCGUACCUGCCGUUCUUCUAGCUGAAUUGCGGCACGAGCGACGACUCUUUUGGGUGAACGCAAAUGGAGAGCUGUUCAUGUACGAUGAUGCGGAUGGGAAGCGAAAGUUGACGCAACUCCCACCACCUGUGACCGCUCUUGCUGUCGACUGGGUUGGGCGUACGGUGUAUGUUGGGAAUGCCAGCACACUUCACACCUACGACUUGAAUCGUCUGGAAGGAGGCGGUUCGGACGCAGCUCGUCGCACGAUAUCACUCCCGCUCUCUGACGCUGUUGGACCAAUCGAUCUGUUGCAGGUGUUGCCAGAUCAACCGAUACUGCUGGUUGCAUCACGCAUCUCAAGGACUGGAUACACUGUCGCACUCGAUCAAUCCGACCCCGUGUUCGUCCCUUUCAACUGUACGGGGAAAAGACCAAGUGGUCGUAAGACCGAGGAUCUAUAUGAGUGGGUAUGUCGGGAGUACGAGCGUCUUCUGGAUGGAUCAGGAAGACGGGGGAUUGUGCAGGAUGAUGGGUAUCUCUACUGGAUCGGACCUGACGGAACGGUGCGGAUGCGAGCACGAGAUGAUCCUCCAACAGCUACCACGCGGCCCUUCCCACAUAUCGGAGCCGUUGCACUACUUCCAGGUCAACAACGCCAGCAUUAUCCUCCCGAGCGUUGUCUUGUACCGGUCGUCGAAGAUGUUCAGUAUGUCCCGGAGCUGCUAGACACGACCGAGGACUCGUUGACACUUCGACUUCCCGAGGCUGUGCGGCAUACGAACUGCAGUGGACGUCCACCUGCCGUUAGAUACCGCGUGCAAUACCAGCGGAUGCUAGCAGUUCACGAACUCAACGAGGAACCUACUCCAGACAUCCACAUCGUGCAUUCAUACGAGCUUCGCCUCACGAUCGGUAACCUGCGUCCUUACACGCGGUACCGUUUUGGAGUGACGCUUACUAACCACUAUUUGUCCGCUGGAGACGUUCUACCUGUACCACCUGAACGAGCUAUGCCUGCCAUCUUCACGACCGCAGUUGGUGCACCUUCCAGACCUGAAGGUAUAAUCGUGCAGCCCAUCAGCCCGUCAGAGGCGAUCGUCAGCUGGACACCAUCACGUCAACUCAACAGCCAUCACGUCUGGUAUGAGAUCUACUGGCAAACGGAGACGGAUGGACACAAGAACCGCCAGCAGCAGCUCGUCACGGAUUACAAGCUAGACGAUACACUCAUGUCGAUGGAGCUUGGACAGCUGCAACCGAACCAAACAUAUAGCGUGUGGGUGCGAGCGUACUCCAACGUUCACGCGUACAGUGAGAGUGAUGCGUUUGAAAUCCAGACCUACCCGAAACCGAGCGACAUUGAACAGGUGUCAGUCAACUCGACGGCAGUGCGGCUGCGUUGGAUCCCUCCAGCCAACUGCCACAAAUACAAAAUUCAAUAUUCGAUCGCGGGACAUCACAACUGGGUGACACUGUUCGACUCGCUCGUGCCUGUACCGGUGUGGCAUAAUUACUAUUACACGCUGGAAGGGCUUCUACCGAAGACAAAGUACUUGUUCACGAUACUGCUGCACUACCCGUUACGAGAAGAGCCGUACUUGUGGCCACGUGAUCGUGUCUUUCUCUUCGAGACGAUGGCUGACCGACCGGCUGCUCCUGGACGGCCGUUGGUGACACACCUGCGGCAGGACGUGUACAAGGUGAGUUGGGAACCAGCGAAGGAUAAUGGUGCUACAAUCGAGGAGUACGGACUCGAGGCACUCGUGAGUCAGUCGAAGCGAGCUGCUCGUUCUGUUGGAGCACCUGACGGAGAUGACGAAGAGCCAGCCGGUGGGGAUGGCUUGAAUGGUACGGUUCCUGCCAGCGAGCUCGACAUGUACGACGAACAUUGGAGCCAGGUGUACAACGGCACCGACAUCUACUGGAUCAUCCCGGAGCGGUACGCCAUCCACAAUAACCUGUUCCGUGUUAGAGCACGUAACUCGUACGGUUGGGGUCCGUACAGUGACGAGAGUCGUCCCAUCGAUUCUGGGUUCUAUGGUCAGCGUACCGUCGUCUACAUUGCGGCGUUUGCUUGUACUCUCAGUAUGAUCAUCAUCUGCGUUAUGCUGCUCGUGCUGUUCUUGAUUCGCCAAACGGAGAAGAUGAAGAACUUUCCAAUCGACCCAACAAAUACGCGGCUAUCGGAUGUUGAGCUGGCGAACCUGCGAGAACUGCCACGCCGCGGUAACUUCGUCCACAGUACGAAUAUCCUGUACAGUUCGGGAGCAAUGCCGGACUCGGAAAUGGCCCUUCUUCCCCGCAUACGAAGCGAUCAGAUCUACAUGGCGAGCUCUUCAUUACUAGGCAGUGGCGCGUUUGGUGAAGUCUACGAGGGCGUUGUGAAAGGUGUUGACGGCGAAGCUGAAACACGUGUUGCAAUAAAGACUCUGAAGAAGGGUGCUAAGAUGCAUGAAAAGCAGGAGUUCCUGCAGGAGGCUCAGCUCAUGAGUAACUUCAAGCACAAGCACAUCACGCGCCUUCUCGGCGUUUGUUUGGAAGCGGACACGCUGCUGAUCAUCAUGGAGCUUAUGCAGGGUGGCGAUCUCUUGAGCUAUCUGCGACGUAGUCGCUCACUACCAGGCCAAGCAGCUCGCCUGACGAUGCUCGAUCUGGUUUCGAUGUGCCAGGACGUGGCGUCCGGUUGUCGGUACCUGGAGGAGAUGCACUUCGUUCACCGGGACCUAGCCUGCCGCAACUGUUUGGUCUCAUCUGUCGAUCCGGUCGAGCGCGUCGUCAAGAUCGGGGACUUUGGGUUAGCCCGGGACAUCUACAAAAACGACUACUACCGCAAGGAGGGUGAGGGUCUGCUGCCGGUCCGCUGGAUGUCUCCGGAAAGCCUGGUGGAUGGUGUAUUCACCUCACAGUCAGAUAUCUGGGCGUUCGGGGUGUUGCUGUGGGAGAUCAUGACACUUGGGGAGCAACCAUACCAGGCGAAGAAUAACGUUGAGGUGCUCAACCACGUCCGCGAGGGUGGCCAUCUCGACCGGCCGAAGGUGUGUCCGAAUGAGAUGUACGAGCUGAUGAAGUAUUGCUGGAAGUUCUCGCCAGAUGAGCGGCCCACGUUCCGGUACUGCUUAGAAGUGCUGAAGACGUUGCGAGAAAACACCAGCGAGGACACGCAGAUCUUCUCCCCGUUCCCGGCGAAGCUUCACCAAGAGGCCGUUUCCAAUCCGGCUUACCUGGCUUCAGAUAGCGGCCAGGUAUCCCCACAAGGUUCGCUGCGCUAUCACCCCGAUUGUGGUAGCGAUUCCGGGCUGAUCGCCACUCCACCAACAUCUAGCAGUGGCAGCAGUGGAGCAACCGCCUGUCCCGGCCCAAACACACCGAAGUACUUGGAGCUGGUGUACGAGGACAGCAGCGGUGUUCAACAUGGCGGUCCACACACACCUGUGACCAACGUUAACUCGAUGCCGACUGACAACGGCUACGAGAUACCGAUCACCGACUCGCGCUGUCAGCAGCAGUUGCUUGGGGUAGGUCCUCUUACGGAAGCCAGCGGUAGUAGCCGACCCUGCAGUUUGGCCGUACUAAUUCCUAACCUAGCCGUACUGCUGCCAGACGGCACAGGCGGUAUGGGUCGGGGCAAUGAGCAAGCGGGACCCCAGACACCUAUCCCCGCCACGCCCACCAGUAGUAUUACGGAGCGAGAUGAUCUGCUGCCUAGAAGCUGA